CACCGGGACCGAGACAUCACCGGCCACCGCACCGGGACCAGCGCCGGGACAUCGGGCAGCGGCACCCCCGGGCACCGGGACCGAAGCCCCCCGGACGCCGAUCGCCGGGCUGCGAUGCUUCCCGGGGCGGGUCCCCUCGCCUUCCUCCUCCGGUGCCUGCUGCUCCUCUUCGCCUCCGAGAGCCGAGCCCGGGCUCGGCCAGAUAUGUUCUGCGACUUCAAUGGCAAGAAGUACAGCCCGGGCGAGAGCUGGCACCCCUACCUGGAGCCGCAGGGGCUGAUGUACUGCAUCCGCUGCAGCUGCGCUGAGAACGCCAACAUCAGGUGCUACCGGAUCCAGUGCCCGGCUCUGCAGUGUGCCAGCCCCGUCACAGACCCCCAGCAGUGCUGCCCGCGGUGUCUCGAGCCACAUUCCCCUUCUGGCCUCCGGGCACCCGUCAAGUCCUGCCAGUACAAUGGGACGACUUACCAGCAAGGCGAGAUGUUCACCACCAGCGAGCUCUUUCCCAGCCGCCAGCCGAACCAGUGUGUGCAGUGCAGCUGCUCCGAAGGCCAGAUUUACUGCGGCUUGGUGACCUGUCCAGAGCUGUUGUGCUCCUCUCCCCUAACCGUGCCGGAUUCCUGCUGCCAGGUCUGCAAAGAUGGCUCAUAUGAGAAGUCCACAGAAGAGGAACCCCUGCAGUUAAACAGAGGUGUUAGGCACUCGCAAGACCAGUGCUUGGGGGAAGCAAUGGGCAGGAAGCCACCCGGAGCCACCAUGUCCACUGUUCUCAGUUCUUCCCUGGAGUUCAUUCCCAGGAGCUUCAAACCCAAGGGAGGAGGUGGCACGACUGUGAAGAUCGUCUUGAAAGAGAAGCACAAGAAAGCUUGUGUUUACAACGGGAAGACCUACUCCCACGGGGAAGUGUGGCACCCUGUAUUCCGGCUCUACGGCCUCCUGCCCUGCAUCCUCUGCACUUGCAGGGAUGGUGUCCAGGACUGCCAGAAGAUCACGUGCCCCAAGGAGUAUCCGUGUGACUAUCCAGAGAAAGUAGAUGGGAAAUGCUGUAAAAUAUGUCCAGAAACCAGGGUCAAACCCACCGAUGAAAUAGUCACCACCCGGUGUGGCAAGAACCCCAACCGCGUCCUAGUGUACAUGUUUGUGCCGCCGAGCUCGGAGACCUCCAAGGAGAUCCUCAGGACCAUCGCGAUUGAGAAGGAGCCUGCGGAAGAGGUGGAAAUCUACAACUGGAAGCUGAUUAAAGGCAUAUUUCAUCUGAUACAGACCAAGAAGAUCAGCAAACAGGAAUUCAAGCAAGAAGCGCAGAACUUCAGGCUGAUCACCAGGACGGACGAAGGUCACUGGAACAUCUUCCGAGCCCAGACAUCAGAGCUGAGGAUGACAGAGAGCCCAGAGAAAGAAACAAAGAACUUGUAAAGAAAAAAACUUUAACCUAGCUAUUGAUUUAUCUACACACACACACACAUACACACAUACACAUAUAUAUGAAAAAAAAGUUGCAUUAUUAAAUAGACUGGCACAGCAAUAAAGGAUACACUAGUGUAAAGUACAGAAACUCCAGCAAAUGAACCAAAUUGAACCGCGUUGAAGCCACAGCUGUGGAGGUGCCUCUCUCCAGGGGGAGAGUGCAAGAGGCCGGCCGUCGUCUCCUGCUACCGAAGAUGUCGGGUGUGCAGAGGGAGGAGGGAAAGACGGCGGAGAUGUGAGACCUGGUGUGAUGUGAAGAGGUGGGAUACAUCCCUGACACCCCGGCAUUUCUGAAGAGCAUCAGGAGCUAGCAGUAAAGCAGAAUGUGACCAUGCUUUUUACUAACCGCUGGCAUAAAGAUGACCUGCAAGGAGAGAAAAAUCAUCCUUAUUUCUUUUCUUGGAGCCCCUGUGAUCUGCAAAGGGUUUCUUUGGCUGAAUACCCUCCAAAGGGCAUUUGUUGAAAAAUCUUGGGACUUUUCUCCUCUGUUUCAGCUGGGAGGAUUCUUUUCCUUUCUUUGCAGGUCACUUGAAGAUGUAGUUUUUGGGAGGACCCACCUGCUGACAGGGUCUGAGACCCAGAACACUGCACUAAGGUCGCUACUAAGCAUGUUAUUAUGCUAUAUAUUUAUAUAUAUCCUACAUAAUAUCUACUGGGCUGUAUUCACAGGAGGGGCAUCUCCCAAAGGGCGAACAGGACCAUUUCUGCAGCGUGGGGAGGAGGGUGUGCAGCAGCAUCACCCUCCCCCUGUCUGGAAAUAGCUUUGGGGGAUUUUCAGGUUGUUUUGGUACAUGUAUUUAUCCCUGGUUUCUUAUUUUAUUCUGUUUUGAUAAAUCUAUUUAUUUGGAGAUCCAGAUCUGUCCGAUAAAUCUGAUUAAAGCGUCUUCUUGAUUCA